UAAACUGCUAAUUAAACUCAGGGUUAAGCUGAAGAAGAGAUCCACCUGUGGUUCUUCCCUAUUCUCCCUAAUAUAGCCUAUGUUAAGACCUGCCCUAACUCUAGACCCUACUAUUCUUAACAACCCAAGGACCUGCCCCCAGAUUUAAUUAAAAAUAGAGCAUUAAGUUCUUUGGAAAACAUCACUUAACAACUAUGCAGUAGACUAUAUCUAUUUAACAUAGCCAGUUUGAAAACUCUGAUUAAUAAAAACCAGGUGGGAGCCAAUUAAGUAUUAACCAGAAACUUAUAAAUUGGAAAGUCUUAAUUAAAGAAUGAAAUUAAAAAGGAGAAAAUUGCUCCCUGGUAGUUCUUCGUACGGUGCUGCACGCUAGAGUCAAGCCCCAAGCCGUCGCCGGAAUGUUGUCAUCGGACUCCAGUCGCCGUCGCCGCUGCGCAACUGCCGUCGCCGGACCUAGGGUCGGAACCCUAGGCCGGGCCUUCUCUCCCGUGCUCUGCUCUCGUGACUGCUCUCUCGUCUCUAUCCGUCCCUUUUAUAGAUGUGAAUAAUGAGUAUUUGUUUUCAAUUGGGAGAAGGUAUUUUGAGAUGGUUGAGUUCAAUUGGGUUGUUUCUCAUUCUUCCGCCAGUAGCUUGAGUUGGUUCCAAGUCUUUGCGGAGGACUAUGAUUACAGCUUCCAUAAUGAGGUAAGGAAAUCAAAGGUGGGGAUUCAAGUAGUGGAUGGGGAAGGGAACCCACUGGCGAAUGCGACAGUGACCCUAGUGAAGGGCAGGCCCAACUUCCCAUUGGGCUGCGCCAUCAACAAAAACAUCCUAAACAACAACGCCUACCAGGCCUGGUUCUUCUCCCGGUUCAAGUACACCGUCUUCGAGGACGAGAUGAAAUGGUACACCAACGAGCCCUCCCAGGGCCGCGAGGACUACUCCGUCUCCGACGCCAUGCUCCAGCUCCUCCGCACCCGCGGCGGCGGCGUCUCCGUCCGCGGCCACAACGUCUUCUGGGACGACCCCAGAUUCCAGCCCUCCUGGGUCCCCAAUCUCCCCCCCGCCCAGCUCUCCGCCGCCGCCUCCAGAAGGAUCGGCUCCGUCGUCAAGAAAUACGCCGGACAGGUCAUCCACUGGGACGUGGUCAACGAGAACCUCCACUUCAAUUUCUUCGAGGGGAAGCUCGGACCGGACGCCUCCGCGGUUUAUUACCGGCUCGCCAGCGGUUUGGACCGCAAAGCGACGCCGUUUCUGAACGACUAUAAUACGAUUGAGCAUAAGGAGGACUCGGCUUCGUCCCCGGCCAAGUACCUUGCCAAGAUCUCGCAGCUUCGGGCCCAGAGGUAUAAUGGGCCUCUGGGGAUUGGGCUGGAGGCCCAUUUCGAUGUCCCGGACUUGGCUUACGUCCGGUCCGCUAUCGAUACGCUUGCCAGCGCGAAGCUGCCCAUUUGGAUCACGGAGUUGGACGUUUCGCCGCGGCCCAACCAGGCCCAGAUACUGGGACAGGUACUAAACGAGGUCGUUUCGCAUCCGGCGGUGCAGGGCGUCGUGAUAUGGUCGGCGUGGAAACCGGGCGGGUGUUACAAAAUGUGUUUGACCGACAACAGUUUCAAGAACCUGCCCACCGGAGACGUCGUCGACGGCGUCCUGAGAGCAAUGAGCAGCCAGGGUUUGGCCGGCACCACCGCCGCCGACGGCUACUUUGAGGCUUCGCUCUUUCACGGCGAUUACCAGGUGAUGGUGGAGCACCCGUCUCUGGAGAAACCAACGGUGCAUCGGCUGGAGGUGGCGCCGACGGACGCCGCCGCGGAGACCCAAAGGAUGAUUAACUUCAAAUUAUCUGUCCCUGUCUAGCUGAUCUGAUGGAUGGUCGACGAUGAUCUUCAUUCAUAUUGUUUUAUUUUACUUAAGCCUGAUUAGUUUUUAAAUAUAGUUCAUAGGUCUUC